GGCCACCACUCUGUACGACAGACCCGCCUCGGUCUUCAGAGAGACUCCUCUGGACCUGCAGCACCAGCUCUUCAUCAGACUGGCCCACACUCAUCCUCAGUUCCAGGAGCCAGGGUGUGAGGCAGCAGAACCAGAGAAGACCCUCUUCACCAUCCAGAACCGGAGCGACGGUGUUGUGUCUCUGAGGUCGGGUCGACCGGCGCUGCUGGUCAGCAGCACCAGCUGGACGGAGGAUGAAGACUUCUCCAUCCUGCUGAGGGCACUCCAAGAGUACGAAGGUUUCAUCAGGGGCGGGGCUUCUCUGCCCUCUGUWCUGUGUGUCAUCACAGGGAAGGGUCCUCAGAAGGCCCACUACCAGAGGACCAUGGAGGCCCUGCACCUGGACCACGUCAAGAUCUGCACCCCCUGGCUCCAGGCCGAAGACUAUCCUCUUCUGUUGG